GAGCCGAACUGACUCGAGUCGAGCAGCCUUAUAUUGGGUUCACCACUCACCAACCCGACUCCGGUUCCAAGAACCACCGCUCCUCCGGUCCUCCCCAGCUUCUCGCGCCGAACGCGCCCCCGAUCCAGAUCCAGCAAGGGAGGGAAAGGGGAGGACGACACACCAUGGCGGAUUUCUCCAAGGAAUCUUGCCCUUCUGUGAAGAAUAUUUUGCUUCUGGAUUCUGAAGGGAAGCGUGUUGCUGCCAAGUAUUUCUCAGAUGAUUGGCCAACUAAUGCAUCAAAGUUGGCCUAUGAAAAAUCUGUCUUUACUAAAACUCUGAAGACAAAUGCACGCACAGAAGCUGAGAUAACUUUGUUUGAUGGUUAUAUUGUUGUUUACAAGUUUGUACAUGACCUUCACUUUUUCGUCACUGCCGGAGAUGACGAGAAUGAGCUCAUCUUAGCAAGUGUACUACAAGGUUUUUCUGAAUCUGUUGGUCUUCUACUCAGGGGCGAUGUUGAGAAGCGGACUGCACUCGAGAACUUGGACUUGAUACUUCUCUGCAUCGAUGAAAUUAUUGAUGGCGGCAUAAUCCUGGAAACAGAUGCACACACCAUUGCUGGUAAGGUUGCAACCAAUGCUGUUGACGGUUCUGUGCCCUUCUCCGAGCAGACCAUAUCUCAGGCUCUAGCCACAGCUAGGGAGCACCUUGCAAGAUCUCUGCUCAAAUGAUCGACCAGCAUUCUCUUACAACUUCUUAUGGCCUCUAUGUGUAUUAAAGGUUGGGCUACUGCGUGUUGGGUCUGGUAGUUGUUACUCAUCCUAAGGUGCAAAUGUGACAGAUAAUAUAGUCGAAUAUCCCAGAUUGGUAUCCAGAGUUGAAUCAAGAAGUGCUAUGUAAUUUUUUGAAACUGUGAUUUUUUUAUCUGAGAUUUUUCAAAGUAAACAUAAAAUGAAGAGUCGUAUAAUUAAAAAAUAGUUGUCUCAAAA